UUGGCAUUUGUUUCUCUCGUUUUGCUUCGGUUCUAUAUUUUGAAGCUCAUUUUAAAUUUCGUGGGUUUUAACGUUAAUAUUGGAUUCGGUUCGUUGCUACGUUCGUUCGGAUCGCAGUUUUACAAAUCUACCAACCAGGACAUGUGUCGAGAUUUGACCGGGCGACGACUGAGGGAUAUCAAAGAAGAAAAACGUCUUCAGAACUACAUCGAAAAAGCACACGUGCGAAAGCAAGAAAAGCAGAACAAGCUCGAAAGCAAGUAUCGAAAGUUGCUUGAUCCUCCAAAGCCGGAUUUCGACGAUGCCGAGUACGCUCAAAAGAAGCAGAAGAUCAUGGACGAAACGGAACACGCACUGGAAGAAGGAAAGAAAGUUUGUAACCGUUGCGGUGGCUCUCUUUGGUACACAUUUACGAUGGAGUCAUUUCUGGUUUCCUUUUCAUGA